AUGCCAGCCGACGAGCGUACGCCGCUCCUAGAAGGGACGCAGCUCGCUGGUGCCGCGGCGCCCCGCAUCCUUGCUGAGUCCGAUCUUCACGACCACCCGCGCGACGAAGAGUUCGAUGCGAGCCACGAGCCCCCAUCGCUGCCGUUCCGCACCGUGGCGCUGGCGUGCACGGCGCUGUGGAUGGUGACGUUUAUCUGUAGUCUCGAUACGACGGUCGUCGCGAUGCUCCUCGGCCCGAUCUCGGCGUCGUUCUACUCGUCAGAGAAGGCGUCGUGGAUCGGGUCGACGUACCUGCUGAGCGUGUGCGCCACCUCGUCGCUGUACGGCCGCCUGUGUGACAUUAUCGGCGGCAAGCGCGCGCUGACCAUCUCGAUUUCCUUUUUCACGCUCGGCACGUUCUGGUGUGGGCGGGCUAUGUCCAUGAACGAGUUCCUCGCUGCGCGCACGCUCGCCGGUAUCGGCGGCGGCGGCCUCAGCACGGUCGGCAGCGUGAUUAUGAGUCACAUGGUGCCGCUGCACCAGCGCGGCGUGUACCAGGGCCUGACGAACGUGAUGUGGGGUAUGGGCAUUGCCGUCGGUGGCCCUGUCGGCGGCAUCCUCAAUGAUACCAUCGGCUGGCGCGGCACGUUUUACAUCCAGCUGCCGCUGCUUGUCAUCGCCUUUGUCGCGCUCAACUACCUGCUGCCGCAGGACGAGCCUACGUACGACUCGGACGCGACCUCGCCGUGGGGCCGCCUGAAGGAUAUUGACUUUUACGGGCUUGGCAUCGUGACGCUCGUUCCCCUGUCGCUACUCUACGUGCUCGACCUGAUCAGUGUCAAGGACGUGGCCUUUUCCGACUGGCGCGUCGUGGCCGGCGUCACGGUGUCGUUUGUCGCGCUGGUGGCCUUUUACUUUGUGGAGCGCUACGUGUCGCGCGUGCCGCUCAUUUCGUUCGAUGUGCUGGCGCUGCGGUCGGCGUGGGCGUCGCUCGUGUCGAACCUGUUUGUGGCCGCGGCGACGUUUGCGUACAACUACAACUUCCCCCUCUACUUCCAGACUGUCGCACAGAUGCCCCCGUCGACCAUCGGUGUGCGCAUGAUUCCCGCGAGCUUUACGCUGAGCAUCGGCAGCCUGGUCGCCGGAAUCUACAUGAAGCAGACGCUCAAGUACUACUGGUACAAUGCGUGGUGCAUAAUCAUGGUCGUCCUGGCGGUGAGCCGCACGCUGUUCUACUACGUCGACCCCCCCACCGUAUCGCCAUUUGUGUACAAUGCCUUUAUCUCGUUCGGCGGUGCCGGCAUGCUCACCUGCACGCUCCUGGCACUGAUCAAUUCGGUGGAGAAGCAUUCGAUUGGCGUGUCGACCGGCAUGAGCUACUUUUUCCGUACGUCGGGCCAGGUAUAUGGCGUCGCGUUUAGCGGCGGCAUUUUGCAAAUGACGCUCGUGCACGAGCUGCGCCAGCGCAUCGUCGGCCCCGAGGCGGAGGAGCUCAUUGCCAAGAUCCGGCACGAGUCGACGGCGAUCGCGACGCUCCCCGAGCCCUUCCGUGCGGCGGCGAUCGAGGCGUACGCGGGCGCGCUGCACAAUGUUUUUGUCUUUGUCUUUGUCGGGUUCGUUGGCGCGAUGGUCUUUAGCCUCCUGCUCGAAAACAAGCCGCUGCCUGUCCCGGAAAAGCCGCGGGACGAGGAGCGUACGUAG